CUAUGAAAUAGCUUUUUCCAAUAAAACUUUUGGACAUCCGAUUAUAAAUGUCGUCUUUUAUAAGCUCAAUCCAAACCAAACAAUUUGUUGAAUCCCGAAUAAAACUCGAAGUAAAGUUAUCUCUGAAACUCAGAAAUCCGCGAAAUGAAUUAUUAAAACCAUUUAACAAAGGAAAAUCUGAAAGCAUGGAUCCUAAUCGGUUCCCACCUGGAAUGUAUGGUGAGGAUGUACACGGCGUAGGAAUGGAUCUUUCGGGUGGGUUCCUUGGAGCCAGAACGGACUCGUCUAGAGAUUACAGCUUUUUAAGAUUUAAUCAGCCCGAAAGCGAACCGUGUAAUAAUGUGUACAAGAAUGGAGAUAUAUCUAGUGAUGCAGUUGAAACCAAACCAGACGUCGGGUCUAUCGAAGAUAAUACGAACAAAGACGAAUCUGAUAUGUGGAGUAAAAUGCAGACUGAAGAAUCAAACAAAACAUUGAGCGUAGAACAUACUGUAACGGAGAACGGGUCAAAAGGGAGUCUAUUAAUUGGGUCAAAUGCUCCAGAAGAACAGGAGAGAGAUGUUAUUCUAACGAAAGAGGGCCCCGAUACUAAACCUGAUAUGAAGGCUUGUGAUACCAAGGAUGAUAUUAAGAAUACUGGGGAACAUCCCACUGAUAUGGGAGAUUUUGUCAAGGUUGAAACCUCCGAGAUUCAUUAUUGUAGAUUCUGUGCAGCUCCGGCACCCUCCUGUAUAGAUAUAUUCGAGACUGAAGGACAGGCACUAAACCUUUAUGAUAAAAUCACUAAAUGUCUCAGAUUGUAUUUAUCUUCAGACGAUCAGUUGCCCAAUACACUGUGCUAUCCUUGCCUGGAGAAAAUAGAAUUCGUAUUUUCAUUUUCAGAACAGGUUUAUCAUUCUCACAGAGCACUCAUCCAACAUCUAGAUAUUUGUCAAACUUCCAGCGCUAACUUCGACCAGGUUCUGCAUUCUUAUUUUGAAGAUUCUAAUUUCUUUUCCUUGAAUGCUCGGUUAAUGAAAUGUGAGAAGGACUGGGAACCGAAUUCAGAAGAAGAAACUUUACCCGAGGAACAGGAGGAAGCACCGAAGAAGAAAGGGAAAAAGAAAAAGAAGUUAAAUUUGAAAAAUAAAAAGAAAGAUUCUCAGACCGUUGGUUCUAAGAAGCUGUGGAAGAAGGAGAGAAUGAAAGUUAAGUUAAGGUUUACUCCGUCCCUGACAACCUGUGCGUCCUGCGGACAUAAAUCUGACACUUCUAAGGAGAACCUGGAACACUGGGAUCAAGAGCACAAAGAUAAAAAUAUUGAGUACAGAUGUUUUGAGACUGGUUGUGAGUUCAGGAUAAACUGCGUAAUGACGAUGAAACAGCAUACUAAAGAACAUAUGUUUAAGGAGGGGAAACUAACUCAAUGCGAAAUAUGUGCUAAAUAUUUUGCCAAAAGACAGAUCAAAGCACACUUAGCCAUACACAGUGACGUAUGCCAGUAUUCUUGUAAUAAAUGCGGGAAAAUGUUCAAGGUUCGAAGUGCAAUGAUAACGCAUGAGAAGACCCAUGACCCUGAGUACGCCGCUAACUCUUACUGUUGCCCGGAGUGCGGGAAAGAGUACAAUAUGAAACAUCAGUUUGACGCUCAUGUUCGCCGGCAUUCUGAGAUUCGUCCCUAUAGAUGCGAAAUAUGUUCUAAAGCGUUCUGGAGUCCGAACGACCUGCAAUAUCACAUGAGUAUUCACACUGGACUCCGACCUUAUCCCUGCUCUCAGUGUGAUCUCAAGUUUGCUCGACCUCUAGACGUUAAAAAACAUUUUAUAACUCGGCAUUCGGAACCGACCAAAUUCGCGUGUUCGUACUGUCCGGUCAAAUAUAAUCGGAGAGAUCAGUUGAAGGUUCAUGAGCUUAGUCAUACAGGAGAAACUCCAUUCAAAUGUGAAAUCUGCGGGAAAGGAUUUACAAGGAAGGAUAAACUAGUUCGGCAUAGUGAUGUUCAUGUCACAGAUGAUUCAAAGUAUCGAUAUUCAUGUCAUUUAUGUGAAAAACGUUAUACUCAGAGCGGGAGUUUGUUUACUCACAUGAAGAACUCUCACGGAGUCUGAGAAACAUAUUUUCUAUCUAUUUCAGAUCUCUUUUAAAUUCAAUGUAGAGUAAUAUGUAUGUUAAACAUUUUCUUGUGAUUAGUGCUAAAUAUUAAUAUUAUUCUUCAA